UCAUGCAACACGCAGCUCGCACGGCGGGUAAGUUCUCGUCUUACACUUUAAAAACACGUUUACUUUUCACCACCUUGGCGAAGAAUCAACAUUUUGCUCCUGUAGACGCUUUUGCAGUUUGUUUAUGGCGCUCGAAGCUGUAAAACUGUCCUGUUAAAGAGAUUGGAUCGUCUUAACCCAGAUCGCCCACAUGGAGUCUCACAGGAUGAGCGGCGCCCCGGACAUCAGGUUGCAGAGGAGCUACAUACAGCAGCACAGCCCCAGAGGCAACCCUGACAACUUGUUUGGAGUGAGGGUGCAAGUCCAAGGGAUUAAAGGCCAUCCUUAUGUGAUUCUGAACAGCAGCGGGCAGGAGAGCCACAGGGAUGUCUCUGUCAUCACUCACCAGCCGGGCUACAACCCGGGCGUGGCGAGGGGGUCUCCGCUUGGAAUGUCUGUGGAUGAAACGCCAGCCAAUAGAGCAACUCAGUGUGCACAUUCCUCUCCUGAGCUCAGGGAGGCGCAGAGGACUGCAGCAUCCAGUGUGUUUCAUUAUCACAGACACCCUGAGAUUCUCAGACCUUAUGACCCUGAGAGCAACAAUCUCAGCCUCCUCGUUCCUUCACAGACAGCCUCAGCGGCCCGACCGGGACGAACGCAGCCUGAGACGGCCCAGGCCGCUACAGUGACCAAAGCCAGGAUUCCUCUGCCUGCUGAAGCUGCAGGGGAGGACCAGUAUGAGGCUCAGAGCAAGGCCUCUGCCUCAGGCACAGAGACCCCUGCUAGAUCCCCAAACUCAGUGGACACAGAUCCCAUCUCCUCUGUAGGGAAGCUGAUAGACCGGUUCAAUUUGCCCCAGCGGAGGGGACGGUGCGGCCCAAGGAACAGACUGGACCCAGAGGAGUGUAGAAGGUCACGCAGUGUGGACAGCCGCCGGACGUCAGACUCCUCUUCCUGUUCCAGCAGGGCCUCCUCGCUCAGGGGCAUCAGGGGUGAGUCUCCAGGUGGGACACGCACCUCUGUGUCUCCAAGAGCCUGGUUCUUCGGCGAAGAAACAGCAUCAGCAAACCAGAAAGAGGAGAACAUGUCCAUCACUCGGCUCAAAGUGCAACACAGAAAGGACCCGGUCAUUCUGCAGGCAGCAAAGGGAAAAUCCUUGUUGUCCAGAUCAUCCAGUGACCAAACAGAUGAAUCCGAUGAGAGAGACACACAGGUCACUCCUGAUCUUCUGAAAGGACAGCAAGAGCUUUCAGCUGACUCAAAUGAAGAUACAGCAAAACAAAUACUGUUCACCUACCUUCAGGAUGGGACCACGGAUAAUGAUUCCACCACCCAGAGGAAAGUGAGCUUGUUAUUUGAAAAGAUCAACAAGCUGAAGUGGAAAACUGCCGAGAAUGUGGAGGAGGAGGAGAAAGAUUAUGCUGCUGAGGCGAAGGCGUUACAGGAGAAACAGGCGGCGCUGGAGAAAGAGGUGUCCGAGUUGAAGAAACAGCUGGAGAUUGAGACUAAGAAUGAAAAGACUCUAGCGAAGGCUUGUGAAAAGGCCAGGACAGAGAAGAAGAACCUCCAGGAGGAGUUGGCCAAAAGUCAGGCAGAGCUCUCCAAACUCAGGGACAGACUGGCAGAAACUGAGACAGAACUCCAGUCUACCAAACACGAGCUGGUCCGAAUGAAGGCAGAGAGAGACAGAUCUAAGACAGAGAUGAAGGACCUGCAGCAGCAGCUCUCGGAGAUGCAUGAUGAGCUGGACCGCGCCAAGAAGAUGGAGGUGGUGAAUACAGAGAAAGAAGUCCUUCUGAAGGAUAUGGCGCAGCUGCGUGCGGACCUUCAGGAGGUCCUACAGAUGCAGGAGGAGCAGGAGGACACGCUGUACCGACGGGAGAGGGAGCUCGGUGCUCUGAAGGGGGCACUGAAAGAGGAGGUGGAGACCCACGACAAAGAAAUGGCCUCGCUGAAGGAGGAAUAUGAACAGGAGGUCACGAAGCUCUUGAUGGCCGUAGAUCAGGCUAAAGAGAGCAAUUCUCUGCUCGGCCAAGAGAAGGCCCAGGCGGAGGAGGCGCGAGGUGCAGCUAAAAUGCAGGCGGAGGAGCUGAGCGAGGAGAGAGAUCAGCUGAAAGGAAAAGUGCAGGAGCUGGAGAACGAGGUGGAUCAGCUUAGUCACAAAAUCCAGGAGUCCAGAGCCGUGGAGAAACUGCUGGAGCAAAGAGCAAAGCAUCUGGAGAGGGAGAAGCAGCAGGUUGAGGACGAGCUGAUAGACGUGAGGAAAAAGGAGGAGGAGAUGUGUGAAUCUAACCAAUCUCUGCUCAGUCGCCUGGAGGAUGUGCAGAGCAAGUUGACCAAACUCAACUAUGAGCACAGGGAAUUAAACGAGAAGCUCAAGGAAGAGAGGAAACAAAUAGAGUCACUGUGGAAGGUAAAAAGUCACCUGGAGGAGGAGAGGAGGCUGCAGGACAAGAUGGUGGAGCAGCUGCAGAGUAAGAUGACUUCCAUCAUGGAGGAGUGCGAGGCGUCGACAGACAAACUUCAGAGCCAGGUCGAUGAGGCCAGAGACAAGAGUCAGAGGGAGUUGGCCGAGCUGCGGAGACAGCUGCAGGAAAAGGGAGUGGAGUUGGAGAAAUCCCGACAGACGGCCAAAAAACUGCAGGAAGAGCUGCUUCCUCUGGAGGAGGACCUGCGGCAGUGUCGCAGGGAGCAGCAGGAGGCCCAGCUGAGGGGCCGGCAGCUGGAGCAGAGAGUGGAGGAGCUGGAGGAGAGGAACACCAGCAGAGUGGGGGAGCGAGGCCGACAGGUCAAACUCAUGGAGGGACGCAUCAAUCAGCUAGAAGAAGAUCUCAGUGAGGAACGCAGCAGCGCCGACCGGCUGAUGGAGCGCCUGGACAAAAGCAAAGAGCAGAUGGAUCAGAUGAGGAGCGAGCUGCUGCAGGAGAGAGCGGCCAGGCAGGACCUGGAGUGUGACAAGAUGAGCCUGGAGAGACAGAAUAAAGACCUGAAGAGCAGAGUGACUCAUCUGGAAGCGUCCCAGAGGAGCAACCAGGACUCCUUGGUGUCCAGACUGAACAGCCGCAUCCAGGAACUGGAAGCGAGGUUACAAGGAGAAGAGAGAGACAACAACAACCUGCAGCAAACAAACCGCAAGCUGGAGCGCAGGGUGAAGGAGAUGAAGAUGCAAGUGGACGAGGAGCACAUCGCCCUGCAGAGCGAAAGAGACCAGCUGACUCAGAGACUGAAGACAGCAAAGAGACAGAUGGAUGAAGCGGAGGAGGAGAUUGAGCGUCUGGAACACGCUAAGAAGAAACUGCAGAGAGAUCUGGACGAGCAGAUAGAGGCCAAUGAGCAGCUCCACGGCCAAGUCAGCGCACUGCGGAGUGAGAUGAGGCGCAAGAAAUCGACCCCGCUCAUGAUGAUCGUGGAGGAUGACGUGAACGACGUCGACGACUUCAGCUCGGACUGAACGACAAAAAGCAAACACUCAUUUCUGAACUUUACUGAGAGACUUUGGAAUUACUGUGAGAAAUCCUUGUGUUAAUAAUUUUACAUGAUUCUGUUAACAACUCAGGUGUGGCUUUCUCGUGUUUCCAGGUGUGGACAGUGUGGCAUCAUUCCAAGGCUGGCCUCUAGUGGCAACAUUUGUAACUGCAUUAUUAACAGCAAACAUUAAAGGCAGACCAUGUAGUUUCAAAUGGGAGGGCAAACUACUUUGUUCACUAAUGUGAAGGAUGAGGCUGAGGAAGGAUAACAGCAUAAAACCCCUCAGGUCCAUGCCAAGACUAAUAACCCAAAUAUAACACUUUUAAACGCAUGUCUUGAAUUUAGAAAUGCAUUUUCAAAUGUACACAAAAUGUAAACAGUAGAGCAAGAUGCUCUUAUAUUUCGGGUUAUGAUGGAGUAAAACAUUUGUCCUGAACUCCUUACGCCUUUCUAAAUUAUAUUAUUUUGAGAAUUGACUGGAAUUCAUUAAUAACAAUGUGGGCUACCCUCCGUUGUGCAGCUGCAGAGUUUGCCUUUAAUGUUACUCCUACAAUACAGCAGAUGACAGCAUGAUGCCUUUACAUCUACUCAAAUUAUUCUUUUGUUUUUGCUCCCUAAGUUAUUGCAAUUCUGUGUGAGUUAAUAAGGUACAAACAAACGAGCAAAUCUCAGCAUAAUGAAUAAUUAUAUUAAGAUGCUUCCCCAGUAUUCUCUCACAUUUAUAUGCUGACUGAAAUGUUUGAAACUGGAAUGAAUCCAGCUGUAUGUUUUUUUUUCCUCUUAAUCAGGGAUUAUUAUUAUUAUUAUUAUCCAUGCAGAUUUUUUGUCUGUGUUUUCUGUGACCAUACACAUGAAU